AUGAUUCUCAAACUGAUCCCCGUCACAGGGGGCGCGGCCCUCCUUCUCCAGGCCAGUGCUCUUCUUUCUUUUGCCUGGCUUUUGCUGGCUUGGGCGUCGCGCCGCAGACGCAACAGACUGAUACCCGGGGUUUAUGUGGCUGGUCUGAAAAGUGGCAAAGUUCCUCUUUCGCAGGCUCGCCAAGCCUUCAUCCACGGGUGCGCCGACCUUAUGCUCGAGGGCUAUCAGAAGACACAAGGGGGGCUAUUCUACGUCCCUUCGCCAGCUGGGGAGCGCUUGAUGAUUCCCACCAAGUAUCUGGAUGAACUCAAAAAUGCCGCGAACGAGGAGGUCGACUUCACCGCCAGCUUCUCGGAGAUGUUUGAAGGGCGAUAUACAACCAUUGGCCAAAAAUGGCAUUUACAUCCGGAUGUUGUCAAAAAGUCCCUGAACGCAAACCUUGAGCUGAUUAUGCCCGAUGUAUACGACGAGAUUGUCCACGCAUACCGGUCUCUGUUAACGCCAUCGCACGAUUGGCAACCGGUCCGGAUGUCCGAAAUCUUCACACAAAUCAUCUCACGAGCAUCGAAUCGCAUGUUGGGGGGCAAAGCCCUCAGCCGAAACCGCGACUGGACGGAUACGUCCAUCAACUUCACCACCGAUACGUGGUUGGCCUCGCAGCAGCUCAAACGGUACCCGGCAUGGCUCCGGCCCGUCAUCCAGCAUCUCUUGCCUGAGAUGGGGCGGGUGCGCCGUCACUUUACUGUUGCCCGUCAAGUCAUCUGUCCAAUUGUGCAGAAGCGGUCUGAAUCUGAUAAUGACACCAAAAAGCCUCUCGACCUCCUGCAGAUGCUCUGGGAAGGUGCCGAGCCGGUUGAUCAGACUCCAGAGUUCAUGGCCUAUACUGCCCUGGCCAUUUCAUUUGCUGCAAUUCGCACUAGUUCCUCGGUGCCGACCCAUCUGCUCUACGAUCUGUGUGCCCGGCCAGAGUAUAUUGCGCCGCUGCGAGAAGAGAUCGAAUCAGUGCUUCGCGAGGAAGGGAGUAUUUUCACCAAGGCGGCUCUGAAUAAACUGCUCAAGCUGGACAGCUUUAUGAAGGAAUCUCAACGGUUCAAUCCUCUCUCUCUCCUCACUUUUGGCCGAGUCAUCCAGUCAGACCGCAUCCUCCAUGACGGACUAGUGAUUCCAAAGGGCACGAUCAUCGGCGUGCCCGCCCACGCGAUCUCGCAAGAUGGGGAUUUCUACCCAUCCCCCUCGACAUUUUCACCGUUUCGAUUUGUCCCCUCAGCUCCUGGAGAGAAGACGGCCGGGUUUGUCACCACCAACGCAUCGUCAAGUCUGAGCUGGGGGUACGGGAAGCACGCAUGCUCUGGGCGCUUCUUCGCGGCCAACGAAAUAAAGCUGAUCAUGGCCUAUUUCUUGCUCAACUAUGAUUUCCAAUUUGCUGGAGGUCGGACUGAGCGGCCCGCUAACUAUACAUUCGAGCUGCAGAAUAUGCCGGAUGAAACGGUGGAGGUGCUGGUGCGACGACGAAAAGACGGAAACCUUUAG